AUGAAAAUGCACGUGACUUUGCUAUUUUUGUUCGUCUCAAGUGCGUUAAGUGUCGAAUUUCAACAGCAAACUUUGGAUCAGCAGACCAAUGAUCAUUUGGAUCCUUCGUUUGAUUCGGAAACCGAACACAUAGCGAAGGAUCAAGACAAACGGACCAUUUUCGGUCCCCAACCGCACAUAUACAUUGGAAAACACGUCGGUGUUCAUCCCGCAGGAUUUAAGUAUUUAUUGGGAUACGGACCAUUGGACGUCAGGUACAAAUCACCUAUAAAGCACUAUAAAGUAUUCAAGCCCGUUCCUGUGAAAGUACACUAUCACGCAAAACCAGUAGUUCAUCUCAAACCCAUUGUACCAGUUAGACAAUAUCUACCAGUUCAUGUGCAUUCUGGUUGGAAACCUGUAGUAAGGCCGCCUAAACCUGUACUACCAAUUGUACCUGUACAGCCCCCAUUUAUUUCUUUGUUACCACCCAAACCAGAACCAGUGGUACCUCUACCUGCGCCAGCUGUACCUGUGGGUCCUGCACCUGUACCCAUAGUUCCAAUUCCUCCAGCACCUGCAGUUCCUGCUCCUGCUCUACCUGUACCGGCUCCUGUUGUUCCCAUUCCAGCCCCAGAACCACCAAGCCAUCAUCAUUUCGUUUUCCAAACACCCGUGUCAAGACCAGCGUUUGUUCCUCAAUUUCACCAUGUAGUAAAACCUAAUUUGGGAGUUCUUCCUCUGGGUGCCACAUUCCCAGCACCUGUAUUACCUCCUCCAGCUCCUGUUGCACAUCCUGUAGCAUUUCCUGCACCUCAUCCUGUUUUCCAAGAACCUGUUCCGGUACACCAACCUGUUCCGGUACACCAACCUGUUCUUCCAGCACCUGUACCAGUUCCUCAGCCCUUACCAAUACAUCAUCCACCUGUUUUACCACCUUCUCCCCUUCAUCAUCAUCAUCAUCAUCACAUAGCACCUGUAGGUCCUCAUGUGACAUUCCCAGCUCCUGCUCCGCCACCAUUACCACAUGGAGUCUUUCCACUACCGGGUGAAGCUCACAUUCCUGCUCCGUUUCCUCAACCUGUUCCAAAGGUUCCCGAUGUACCUCCACCUGCUCUAGUUCCAAACUUCGACCAGCGUCCAUUGUUUGUUGAAUUUCAUGGUAUUCCAAGUUUAAAUCCUCUAAAUAAGUCGAACUUUCCACCUGCUGGUCCUCCCGCCCCUGAACCUGCUGGACCAUCAGUGUUUCCUCCAUCGGGACAAGAUCUCCCUACUCCGAGUUUAGGACCACCAAACGUGCAGCAGUACCAACAACAAUUACAAGAGCAUCAACAGUACCAACAACAAUUACAAGAACAAAAUUUCCACAGUCAAGGUUAUCAUUAUCAAGGCAAUCAUGGAUACAGUUAUUCCCAUGGUGAUCCCAAUCAAGAAUUUGAACCGAUUGGUCCUAAUAUACAACCUGGACAAACGGAUCUCCAGCUUCCUUUGCAUCUACCAGAACAUCCGUUGUAUAGACCUCAAGAACCUAGUAAAUACCAGUUUGCUGAACAGCAGCGCCUAAGUCCUUAUCACACAAUAAGUUAUCAAACUCACGGAAAUUUAGAUGCCUUUCAGUCGCCCGUAAACCAUCACCAAAAUCCGUUCCAAAGGAAAGGAGAAGAAGAUGAAGAAGACAACAGUAUGGAAGUUCGAAACAAUCAACCACCUUUUAAACCUUCACAACGAUUGCAAACGCCAAUUGACAGAAGCGAUGAAAUAUACGACGAGGAACAAAACUAA